GUGGCGGUAGUCGUUAUGCCAUUUGGAGUUUAUUAUCUGUUCAAUGGCGUGUGGGGUCUGCCGGCGGUGGUGUGCGAUUGCUACAUCGCCAUGGAUGUCACGUGUUCUACAUCAAGCAUAUUCAAUCUAGUCGCCAUCUCUGUCGACAGGUAUAUAGCAGUCACCCAGCCAAUAAAAUACGCGAAGCACAAGAGCAACGCUCGCGUUUGGGUCAUGAUCGCAGUGGCUUGGCUGGUGUCCGGCGCGAUUGGCUCGCCCGUCGUGCUCGGACUGAAUAAUACCCCGGACAGAAGCCCCAACCAAUGUCUCUUCAAUAGCACCGACUACGUCAUAUACUCAUCACUUGGUUCCUUCUACAUACCUUGUAUCAUCAUGAUGUUUCUAUACUAUAAAAUUUUUAAGGCAAUUCGGCAACGCGCCAAAAAGCAACGCGUGGCGAAGACCUCUUCGGCUAUCGGUUCAGCAGUCUCUAGCGGUACAGCCGCUGUUGUCAUAGAGAAUUUAGCACAGACGCAGAAGUUCGUGGAAGUUCCAGAUGACAGACCCACUAAUACUGCUUCUGGAAGCAAUGAAGAUGAUGACGACAAUUUCGACAGGUCAGAGAUGGGGGUUUACGUUGAUGAUAUAGCAACAACAAGAUCAGCGAGAUUCAUGCUAGCAGCUGUUGUAGAAGAAACUGGACUGAUAAUGGCAAACCUGGCGUCACCGAUACCAAUGAUGGAUCCCAAUACAAAUAACGAUUCAGGGUACGCGCCCUCUAACAUGGACGUGGAUAAAGACCACACGCCACCCCCCUCUCCGAUCAAGGAGGAGAAGAAGAAAGACGAACUUCCAAAGAAACCAGAGUUGAAAAAGAAACUGAGUCGCAUCAGCAAUACUUCACUGAUAUCAACGCCAAGGAGAAGAUUCAGGAGUGCAGCAUCAGCGGCGAGAUUUACUAUAUUCAGAGCAAACAGAGCGGGCAAGCUAAGAGCGAAGUCAUUUGCGAAGAAAGAAAAAAAGGCAACGCAAACAUUGGCGAUCGUGCUUGGCGUUUUCCUAUUCUGCUGGGCGCCAUUCUUCACGUGUUCCGUCUUGGAUGCGAUUUGCACCAAAUUCGGUUUCAACCACUCCCCAGGCGUCACCGUCUUCAUACUCACCACGUGGCUGGGCUACAUCAACUCCUUCCUCAACCCAGUUAUAUACACUAUCUUCAACCCUGAGUUCAGGAAAGCGUUUCGUAAAAUCCUCCACUGUUCGUAG